AUCAUUUGGUUUAAUAAUUUUUUAUUACUAAUAAUCUUUAUAAGAACAAGAAGAACCAAGUUCUCUGUAACACACAUCUGUGUCCUUUUGCCAUCUGAAAAAUGAACACUCCUUCUCUAAACCUUGUUUCUGAAUGUUUUAUCAAACCAUGUCCCCCAAUCGAAGACUCAAACCAAAUAUGCUAUUUAGGACCUUGGGAUAUUAGCAUGUUAUCUGCAUACUAUAUUCAAAAGGGUCUUCUCUUCAAAAAACCAACAUCAUCAUCACUAAACAAACAACAUUUCAUAGAGAACUUGGUAGAGAAACUGAAACACUCCCUUUCCCUCACACUUUUCCAUUUCCAUCCCCUCUCAGGCCGUCUUGUUACUAAAAAAUCUGAAGACCCUCAUUUUUACACUGUUUUUGUUGAUUGCAAAAACAGUCUCGGAGCUAAAUUUAUUCAUGCAACUUUAGAUAUCACCAUCAAUGAUAUUCUCUCACCUGUUGAUGUGCCACCUAUUGUUCAUUCAUUCUUUGACCACCACAGAGCAGUCAACCAUGAUGGACACACCAUGUCUUUGUUGUCCAUUCAAGUUACUGAAUUAUUGGAUAGUGUUUUUAUAGGUUGUUCCAUGAAUCAUUGUAUUGGUGAUGGAACUGGUUAUUGGAAUUUCUUUAACUCAUUUUCUGAGAUAUUUCAAAAUGAUGUUCAUGUUCCUGUUCCGAUUUCACAUAAACCUAUUCACAAUAGAUGGUUUCCAGAAGGUUAUGGUCCAAUCAUCAGCCUUCCUUUCAAACAUCAUGACGAGUUUAUUCAUAGAUAUGAAACACCUAUUUUGAGAGAGAGAAUAUUUCAUUUUUCAGCAGAGUCUAUUGCGAAACUUAAAGCAAAAGCUAACAAAGAGUCUGAUACAAACAAAAUCUCUUCUUUUCAAUCCUUAUCAGCACUAGUUUGGAGAUCUCUAACGCGUGCACGUCAGUUACAACAAGGUCAACGAACAACUUGCAAAUUGGCCGUAAACAACCGAACGAGAAUGGAACCACCUCUUCCUAAGGAAUAUUUUGGGAAUUCCAUCUACGCAGUGAGGGCUGAAACAACGGUAGGGGAAUUGCUGGAAAAUGAUCUAGGAUGGGCAGCAUGGAAGAUUCACCUGGCUAUUGCAAAUUAUGAUGAUAAAGUGGUGCGAAACUCGGUUGAAGAGUGGUUACGUUCGCCUUUUGUGUAUCGAAUGGAUCUGUUUUUUGAUCCUUAUACUGUGAUGAUGGGUAGUUCACCGAGGUUUAAUAUGUAUGGGAAUGAAUUUGGAAUGGGAAAAGCAUUGGCAGUUAGAAGUGGAUAUGCUAACAAAUUUGAUGGAAAAGUAACUUCAUAUCCAGGUCAAGAAGGAGGAGGGAGCAUUGAUCUUGAAGUGUGUCUUUCACCUGAGAAAAUGAUGGUUCUGGAAACAGAUCAAGAGUUCAUGAAUUCGGCGUCGGUGUGUAGUCCUUUGUUCUAGUCUUUGAGUAUGCUAUUGUGCUGUUUAAUGGGAAUGCGAGUGGUAAAUUUCUUUUACCCUUCAUCAUACAAAGGGCACUUUGUAACAUUUAAAAAAUAACAGCCUAAUAAUGAACUCUAAUUGAGAUUUUGGUGUUUUACCUACAAUACACAUUUCCUGUUUUCAUUUACCAAAACCAA